AUGAUGUCCAAAAACCCCUUUGAAGUCUUCAAGCAUGACCCCACCGAGGAUAACCUCCGAGAGUGUUUCCGCCAGGGUGGUCGCGUAAACCAAUUUGACGAUGAGUACGAGCAGUACGCCGUUGAGUUUGCCGUUCUUCAGCACUACAACGCUCGGUCUGACGGCGAUGCUGCCGCGAUGGACUUGUGGAGGUCCAUGGUGGCCGUGUUCAUGGAGCAUAAUGCCAUCGUCGAAUGGUGCUCAGAAGAUGAGAGCACGCUCAAUGUGUCGGAAACUGACAGGCUUUGGACCCGCCAGAUCGUCCACUCUGAGCUCAACGUCUUGGGAUACGGGCCGACGUUUGCAGGGCAAUUUUAA